UUCCGGGAACACGAGGAAUUUCACACGUAUAAAGCGACUUGUGUGUCUGAAUACCUCAGCGAUUCUGGAGAGGAAAAGUUCAACAUUUACGCCAAGUCGCAAUGCGGUAAAGAAAUGUACGCCUGCCUGUGGCUCAUCAAACGUGGUAUCAACGUCAUGGAGUACCACUUGAGUCCGCCAACAAAGGAAAUUAAUUGGACUGCUUGUGCUGGCACUGGAAUUAAACCGGAAUCUUCUGGUUAUUGGUCUACUCAAGGAAGGAACCGGGGGAACCCUUCCCUCGGGGAUUCGAUUGAGAUCUGCCGACAAGAACGUGAUUGUUGUGACGCUGUAGCCGAUGAUUUGUCCGCAGGGAAGGAGGUACUGGAAGAGUCACCCUGCCCAAUUACUGGGGAAUACACGGGCCUAAUCCCGGACGCUUCGGGCCUGUGUGCCAGGCUGUUCUCCGACUGCGAAAACCCGGAAUCCAUGCACUACAAGGUCUACAACUGCUACAAUGCGUCUGAUGUCUAUGAAGGUUGGCUGAUAUGUCCUGCUUUGAUCCGGUGCAAACUUGUAAAGGCGGGGGGUGAUUUUGGGAAUGGGUUCAAAGGCGCGGGUGCUAGCUGCUGCGUCAUCAGUCGCACAGGGAACCGGGGGAACCCUUCCCUCGGGGAUUCGAUUGAGAUCUGCCGACAAGAACGUGAUUGUUGUGACGCUGUAGCCGAUGAUUUGUCCGCAGGGAAGGAGGUACUGGAAGAGUCACCCUGCCCAAUUACUGGGGAAUACACGGGCCUAAUCCCGGACGCUUCGGGCCUGUGUGCCAGGCUGUUCUCCGACUGCGAAAACCCGGAAUCCAUGCACUACAAGGUCUACAACUGCUACAAUGCGUCUGAUGUCUAUGAAGGUUGGCUGAUAUGUCCUGCUUUGAUCCGGUGCAAACUUGUAAAGGCGGGGGACAGGAGGUACAAGUGCCUGGGGCAAUGGGAGGAGAACAGCGUCAUGUACACGUACACUGAGCGGACGGACGUUCCGGGCCACGAGUGCUUCCUUGGGCGGAUCGUCAAUGACCAGGAGCUGUUUAUUCAGGAGGCUGGUGUAAACUGCCAGAGACCGACGUCUUCCCUGCACUCUGUCACCCAUGGCAUGAAGCUGCUCAAAAAAGCGUCGUGUUAUGCAAAACGACCAGCUGUGAUUGCAGAAGGUCCUCCAGCAAUCCCUGCUGUGCCCAGACAUAGUUGGACGCCAAAAUAUCCUCAGAUUGUGCACACAACUCCGCCGCCGCAAUUGAGAAAUUGGCAACCGACGUCAGUGAACUGCGAGGUGUCAGUUUCCAAAGGCCAGUGUUCUAGUGUUGCCAGGAAGAUUUUCUACUGGAUGGAAGCUCCAGUUCCCCGUCGGCGCGGAAGUGGAUGUGUGACAGCGCGGGUCUGUGUCGAGCAGCGCGACGUUGCUUCCCGACCCCACUGCGUCGUCAUCGAGCGUCGCGUCGACAGUCCAGGAUUUUCUGGUCCCGGAAAAUACCAUGUAGGGGAGGAAUUUCAGGGAACCGACGCUGACUGGGUUCCAACUGGUGCUGCCUCGGCUGUUUGGGUCCCC